AUGCUGGGCGUGAGGAGGCCUCCGCCUCCCUUCUCUCUCGACGAUCUGGAGCUCGAGAGAUCGGCCGCAGCGUCCAAGGUCCGCAAGGACCAUGCCCUCUCCAUCUACGGUGAUCCCAUGCCCCUCUUCGUCUUCCUUCUCUCUUCUAUCUUCCGAUCUGCCGGACGCGGUUCCAGGGAUUCUUCGCUUCCUUCGGAGAAUUUCUCGUGCCCCUCUUCUUUCCGCCUUCUCCUGCAUGCAUCUUCCGGAUCGUUUUUAGAUGUGCUCAGUGUUUUUGGUGGAGUUCUCGUUUCAAUUGGGGUGAAUGACCAAAGAUGGUUCGUGGUAGUGGAUGGUUCUAUUUCCAACACACUCCUCACGGGAAGAAGCGAUUUUGCGAUGCAGAAUCCUCUCCCGUUGGCGAUCAGUGGCAUUGAUUUUGGCCAAAUACUACUAGUACAGUCAGAAGACGGCCGCAUCCGCCAGUUUGUGAAUCAUCCUACUAUCUUCUAUCCCGUGCAGUUAAUCACGCGUAAUUCUUUAUUCCCUUGCCUGAAUAUUUAUAACUCACAGUAUCCUAGAAGCCAGGGUUCCGUUCUUGAGCUCCGUGUGUUGUGUUCCUUCGAUUCGGGUAGCAUUCUCGCAAGAAACGAGAUAUGACGCAGCUUGCUUUCAUGGGAUGCAUUCCAAGAGAGAACUCCCUCCAAGAGUGGCCAUAGUUUUCUGAUCGUUCAUCAAAUGGACUGUAUCACUCAUUAAAUUAUUUUUGUUUCCCCCAAGGUAUAUUUUUGUUGUUCUUGAAGUUUGAUAGCCGUCGCGUGGUGCUUGGAUUUAUAGUUCCAGGGGCAACCGGGAGGCAUGAGUUUUUCGUCGAUUCCAUGCGAUGACAGCAUCCUUCCUUAACUGGGGUGUUUAAAUUCCUUGGAUAAAUCUCGUUUUGAAUUAGAUCUGCCUUCAUCCGACUGAUUUUUAUUUUUUUGUUUCAAAUUUCUGUCCUCGUAUGCUGACAUCUAAUCCCAUCUAAACCUAAACCUCAUCUCGAAGAUGCCACCUUCAUCCGGCUUCUACUUCUUCUCUCUGGAUCCCUGAGCACCGUGGUGCUCGUUCCUCCUGCCGUCUCUGCUUCUUCCAGUGAAUCUAACGAAGAUCCUCCCAAUCUGCUGGCAGAGGCCACGCUUCAGAAGCUCAGAUUGGGAUCUCGCCGGGCCUUCCGAAAGGUAGAGAUCCCCAAAGAAGAGCCCCCGAAACAUGACGCUGACGCCCCCCCGACGCCGAUGGAAGCAGAUGCGUCGCCUAAGAGCCUGAGGUAG